CUCUGUACUGAUUAGCGCUGAUUAGGACCCAUAACGAUUUACGUUAAUUUCGUUGCCUAUAAAACUUCUUAAUAGUCACUCAAAUUGAUACGUGAAUGCGAACUGACGGGUUCGUCGAAUGCGCAAACUCGCAUCUGUUUCAUGAAACGAAAGAUAUGUUUAAUGAAGAAUAUUAUCAUUGUUUUAAUAAUUGUAACUGUACAUUUCCACUACAAAAAUAUAAAAAUUUGUAUAUAUGUAGUAAAGUAUUUAAAUAUUUACGAAAUCAGUAAGAGUGUAGAAUACAAACCGAAGUUAUUGCUCCCCUUCCAUCGGGCUACAUCUACAUCUACAUCUCGACAAAAGAAUAGGAGAAAAUACCGGAGUGGUGAACACGUGUUUCUUUCGACAACCUCUUUUAGAGUUCAUAAAUAAUUUAUUAUAAAAAAUGGGAAAAGUAAGGACGAAGAGAAGAAAAUUCCACAAAGAAAAUCCUACGGGACUUCCAUCGGUGAAAGAUUUUGAUUUAGAAGAAGCGGAGACUGUCACGAACGAAGACAGGGAAAUUGCAUUGCAACGAGUACUCGAAGAGAUACAGUCUGCCAAUAUCGAAGAAAAGUUGUCUGGUUUGCAAACGAUGGAAUCAAUGUGCUGCGAUACGUUACUUGCCGUACAAAUCGCCAGCAAUCGUAUAGCUAAAAUUUUGGGACCGUCACUACUUGACCCAAACGCAUCGGUAAGAGCCUGUAGUGCAAGUGCGUUAAGAACUGUCGUGGAACAUGGUGACGAGAAAGCUCACGAGAUUUUAAUGAUAGAUGAUGUCAUGUCCCCGAUCUGCGCUUCGUUGAAACAAUAUCUAGAUUGGCAGCCAAAAGAUGAUAAAAGGAAAGGUGAUAAUGACCAAGCAUUCCUCCAAACGAUCCUGUUGCUGUCAACAUUGUGUGAAUACAAUGAACAAGCAAUAUUACAUUGUAAUAGAGAGAAUAUUGUGUCAUUAUUAAUCAAAUUCCUGGACAUAACUGUGUACGGAAUAGAAAUUGUCACAGUUGUUACAAAAUAUUUGUCGUGUUUGUUGGAUGACAAUCUCGCUGCUGUUAAACAGCUUAGCAGUUACGAGGAUACUGUACUUCAGCUUUUAACGUUUGAAUCGAAUGAUAAAAAUAAUGCUGAUGCUAUUUGUCUUAAAACUGCUGUGAGUGGCCUAUUGUUGCAUCUAGCUAGUUAUACAGAAAAUACUUCGAUUAUUUGUACAAUAGUAAAUGUGCUUUCGAGCACUCUUUCAAUUGAUCACAAUUUCUUAUUAUGCGAUUUGGUUUCUAUUUUACCGCAUGAGAAAAAUGCUUUGUCGAGCAGUGCAAAGAAAAGAGUGCGGAAUGACACAAGUAUUCUUGGUGCGCAGCAGCAUGCUUUAGCGAUUUUGGCUAACUUAUCAGUAUACAAGGAUGAAGACAGCGAGAGUGAAUUUGAUUUUGAUGAUUUGGACUGUGAAACCGAGGAUACAAACGAUGAAAGGAUGGAAGAAACACCUCCAAACGCUUCCCUACCAGUGGAGGUAGUCGAAAUUUUUAAGAGUUGUGCCAUAAUAGAUAAAGUAUGGGACAAAACGAAAGCAGUUGAUACGGAUACGAUAGAAAUACUAGAACAAAAUACCGAUGGAAAGGAAAUUAUAAAUGAGAUGCGCUUACUAAACGCGAGGGCUUAUUAUUGUUUAACCAAUUUGAUAUCGAGUUCAGAACUUGAUGUGCUCGGUGGGACGAACAAUGUAUACAGAAUGUGGAUUGAUAUUGGAACGUUCGUAUUCAAAAAUGCGGAUCCAACCGAUAAAAAUUUAGUAGAAUCCGCGGCGGCGGCAUUGAGUGCGGCUAUUAAAAAGUUGGCCCAACCGAAUAUCAAAGUUUUCGAUCGAUUAACGUUGAACGACAUCGAGUUCAUGAUUGACGGAGAACGUCGGUAUCCAAACCCUGACGUUCGACUGCACUUGAUGCGAAUAUUAGGGAGUUUGGCUUGCAUUUUAAGGUUUAAAGAUAAUAUUCCUCCCGACCAUUACGAAGUGAUUAAGCGUGUAUCCAUGUUCUUAUUGGAUAACAGCAUGAGUGAACCUUUGGUUUGGAUUAUGGCAGAGGCUAUGGACGCGAUAAUGGACAUAUUUUCGGACGAUGACAGUGAGCAGAUACUGCGAAUCGAGCAAGAGAUUCAAUUGGUAGAAAAAUUGAAAUCUCUCGUACCGAUCUUUAAGAAGAGGUUAAAACAGCAAAAGAAAGAUUUGGGAGACCACUUUGCUACGAUAUCUACGGUGAAUGGGAAUAUCACAAGGUUCAUAAAGUACAAAGAGUCCAGAAUGUAAAGUAAAGCUUUGUAAGCUUUGCUCUAAUCUGUAUUAUACAGUUUGUUAACGCGUAACGUUGUAAAAUAAGACGUAAUCCUAUUUACAGUAUAAAUAUAAUAUUAAAACUUUGUAAUUAAUUGUUAAGUUUUAACAAUAAAAGCUUUGCGUAUCUCGCAA